GGCACCAUACAGGACACGCACACACACACACUCUCACACACACACAUAUCCUGACAAACACACUCAUGCUCACACAGCCAUAUCACAGAGAAAAACAGGCAGAAAGAUAAAGCUGGGAGAAGAAAGAAAAAGACAGGAAAGAAAGGAAAAUAGGAAGAUAACGGCUGUGACAUGCGUCACCUCUUUGGACAGAGAAUUUCAACCAUGGUCUGUCUGUUUGGCCUAUUUGUGGUGCUUGCUGUCCAGACGGUAGGAGGAGCUGCACUGAAGCAGGAGGCGUCACUAGAGAACAGUGCAACUCUUCUGAAUCACUCAAUGGCUCUGGUGCAGCGGAUGGAGGCCCUGUUGGCCCUCGGCAAUGGCAGUGAUGUAACUCUGCGGAUACAAACUGUCAGUACGGAUGAGGUGAAGGUGAUCCAGGCCCACUCACUGGUGUUGACUCUGCAAAGCGAUGUAUUCGAUGAGCUCCUACAGAUGCGGAACUCCAGCAACCUCGUUCUCAGAGAAAGCGCCGAAUGUGCUUCCGUCUUCGACAAGUUCAUUAGGUACCUCUACUGUGGUGACAUCUCUGUGCGCCCUGACCAGGCCAUUGCUUUACAUAGGCUAGCCAGUAAGUACCACAUAUGGGCCCUGCAGCAAGGCCUCACACGUUACAUGACGCAACAUCUGUCCAGUGACUCCCCAACAGGUCAUGUGGUGAGCUGGUACCAGUAUGCAGUGCAGACUGGAGAUACCACUCUAAGGGACAGCUGCUUGCAGUACCUCUCUUGGAACUUGUCAUCAGUGCUCCAGAGUGCAGAGUGGCGCUCUAUCAGUGAUGAGCUUCUGCUGUCCCUCAUGCAGCGUUCUGACCUUGUGCUUCAAAGUGAGCUGGAGUUGUAUGAGGCUCUGGAGGCCUGGAUCAGUCAGAACCAGCCAGCUGACAUGACAGCAGAGAGCGCAUUGCGGGCAGUCCGAUAUGGUAUGAUACCACCUCAACACCUCUUCCGCCUGCAGAAGCAGUCACCGCUGAUGCUUAAGUAUUACGAGUCGGUGCGUGAUCUUCUCUUUUUGACCUUCCAGUUUCAUGCGGCCUCACCUGUCCAGCUGGCCAAGUACUUUGACGUUAACUGCAGCCUCUUCAUGCCACGUAACUACCUGUCCUCAGCUUGGGGCUCACCAUGGGUAAUCAACAACCCAACACGCGAUGACCGCAGCUUCAGCUUUCAGACGCAGUUGGGCCCGAGUGGCCAUGAUGCUAGCAAGCGAGUGACAUGGAAUGCUCUCUUCUCUCCACGUUGGCUCCCACUCAGUGUCCGCUCAACCUACUCCGAGCAUGGAUCUAUGCAACCUACGCGUACUGACGGAGGACAGCCACGCAUUAUCAUCACACCGGCCACCUCAAGUCCAGACUUCGCUGGUGUUAGCUUCCAGAAGACAGUGAUUGUGGCAGCUCGGCAGCAGGGAAAGGUUGUGGUACGCCAUGUUUACAACUUCCACCAAAGCACAGAGGAGACUGGGGACUUUCUGGUGGAUGCUGACCUGCAACGUCGUACAUCAGAGUACCUUAUUGACAGCUCUCUCUACCUGCAUAUUAUAGUCAAGCCCAUCUAUCAUAGCCUCAUAAUAGCCAGAAAAUAAAUGUGUCCAUUCUUCUUUUUGAAUUGCAUAUAUAUUGUUUAGAUCCACUUUAGUAAAAUAGGCCGUUGAGGAUAUGUGUUUUACCAUU